CUGAAUUCGUCGGGCCCGAGCGCCUGAAUUCUCGAACCCUCGGCCUAUAAGAUCGAUGCUGCUGCGGCAAGCGUGUUGCUUUUCGGAUCGAAUCGGUUGAGGGGCCGCGUCGAGAUUAGGAGGCUGAUGGAUUAUUAUAUUUGCGCUUUUGGUGCCAUCUUUGCGACCUGCCGACGAAUCGUGGCAUCUCGGCUCGAAUCUUGCCAUUUGCAUGCGACUCACUCGCCCGAGCUGGGCGUGCAUGAAUGUGUUCGCGCCGAGCGAGUGCAUCCUUGGGGCGGGGUUCGCUCUUUGGCAUACGUUCUUAUUCGAUCAGUGGUUGCGUCAGCCCUCGGAGGGCGAUCUCGGGAGGCGUCUCGUGCUGCACUCUCUCGCUCGCUCGCUCCUUCGGAGAAAUGAGAGACUCCGACUCUAGCAUCCAUCGGAAGUGAAGCGAUGAUGAGCGGUCGGAUGCUAAACACGCUCGUCUGAUCGCUCUUUUUCUCAAACGCUCGUAAAGUUAACCACUUCGGCAAGUGGACAGGCGAGGGUUUGUCCAUCCCUCUGCUGUCAUUUGUGAAUGAGUGGGAAAGUCCAGGAACAUAUUGUCGCCAUGUGCGACACUCUUUCUCAUACAGUGUCAUACUCCGAUAUGAGGCGGCUUCACUCUUUCCACAGCGAGCACAUUGCGAACGUUUCGGUUUCUCACGACUGCUGACUGAAUAACGUGACAUGGCUCUAAGUGUACCUGUGAUCUCCCUGAAAACUCGAGUACAUGUCUGCCGAUAGAAGUAUCUCACGCAAUGGACAAGACUGCUGAUACGAACGACGUUCUCAAGCCUGAUGGCUGUUGUCUAGCUAUAACGCUACUCUACACUUGGUCAACUCAUCCUGCCUACCGACCGAAAGUUAUUCUUGUCAAACAUUAUCAAGUGGAGGAGCUCUUGGAGUGUUGUCAGACAUCUUGCUUACACUCAGCCUGGUCUUCUCUCAUGUCAACACGUGUAUUCCUGUAUUGUACGUAAUGUCAUCUGAAUACGUCUGGGAGAUUAGUAGAUUCAGGGUGUUGUCACAUGUCACAGAUAAAUGCGCUCAUUUACC